CUCAUUUAUUAUAAGUUUUUUCUUCGAAUAUUUACUUGAUAGCAACCCAUGGGUGAUUACCAACGUAUGUGUAUUUGGGUUAUUAUCUCUCGUUGCUAUAGUAAUGAUCGCUAGGCAGCCACAGCGCAAGAACAAGAAAGAUUUCGCAUUCGAGGUACCCCUGAUGCCCUGGUUACCGGCAGUGGCGCUCUUCACAAAUAUAUAUCUCCUGGUGUCAGUUCCCCGUAAGGCAUGGCUGCAGUUUGUAAUAUGGCUGAUGGCAGGUCUGAGUAUUUAUUUUCUUUAUGGCCUACGUCACAGCAAAGAAGCCCGGAAAUAUAUGUACCAUGUCCCGGAUGAAGAAGAGGAGCGGAUUCUACUGAAACCUAUACCUAAAUUGGACAUCAUGGCCGUGUUGAUGCCAACGCAGUAUGGUAAUAAAAAGAAAAGCGGGAAACGAAAAUCAUCUGAUGUCUCAUACGACGAUAGAUUCGACGAAGAGCCGGAACAUUUUGUCACAACUCCAUAACCGACCCGGAUUAUUGCCGUAAAUGUACAUUCUGAAUGGCAUACACACGGACGUGUUCCUAAUACAGGUGACUGGCUGGCACGUAUUACAUUUCUCAUCCUUUCCACCAUGUACAAUGAAUUCGAG